UGUUUGUACUGUAUACGAUGCACUGCACUGCACGGCUGUGUAUGCAUGCAGUCUGUAUGUAGCUAGCUAGACGUGUUUACGAUCAUGGGCGGAAGUUUUGAUUGCUGAUUCUUGCUACUGGUUUCUAGUAAUUCGGUAAAAUCUGGUUGAUAGAUAUUUUUUUCCCCUUCUCGUGAAAUAAGCCACUGCACUGUUCAUUGACUGAGUGUAAGCUGAGUGUAGAGUGUAAGUUAGCAGAGGCCAAGCUGAUGUAGCUAACUGUAAAGCAUCCAGGAUUAAAAGGGCAUCUUCCAACGUUGAGCUAACGUCGCCUGAAAAUAUGGAAGAUACAGCACAGAAGAUUCGGAUGAUAGAGGAGAAAUUGGCAGUCGAUGCAGAAGAGCUGACUUUCAUCAAGGAUAAUCUGCACAAGAGUCAGCAUAUGAGCCAAAACAUGGUGAUGAUCCUGACAUCUUUUGAGAAUCGUCUUCGUCAGCUAGAAGAAACCAUCCUACCUGUCCAUAGGGAGACUGUCACCCUGCAAAAACUACAAGAGAAUAUUGAAAGCACCCUAACUUCAUUUGAUCAUAUUUUGAGCUAUCAUGAUGCUGUCAGGGAACUGGAAAACACUAUCAAAGAAGGAUACCGGCCUGGUGGAAACUAUGAGAAGUACCUCAGCCAGAUGGCACAGAUACAGGAAGCUCUGGACUUCUUUGCCAAGAACAACCCAGAAAGUCCUGAGUUGUCCAAAGCUACUUCCAUCUUCAAUACAGGGAAAGAACUGCUGCAGCAUGAAUUCCGGAAUAUUCUCUCCAGACACAGUAAUCCAGUCCCUCCCAUCACUAUUCUAGAUAUCUUAGGAACAGACGAAGAGUUGGCCCAAGAGGAUGCCUCACUAAAACAACUACCAGAUGAUGUCAUAGAAGAGCUUUCUGAGAUUGCAAAAUGGCUGCUAGACAAAGGUCACUCCACAGAGUUCAUUGAGAUCUACCAUUCCACCAGAUCGGCCACACUGCGCAAAUCCAUGGAGGGACUCAAGGAUCACCUUAAUAGUAAAUCAGGAGGGACAGGUCCUGGUGGGUCAUACUCCCCUAUGGUGAUAGGAGGUAAACUGCAUAAAGGAAAAGAACAGCCAAUCAAAAGAGCAAAUCAUCUUCUUCGAUCAGGAGGAAAAGGAAAGGUAUCUUCACAAAUGUUGGGCCAUAGGAGGACAGGAUCUAACGUCUCAGAGACUAUGACUCCUAAGGAUGAGCAGCUGGACCCAGAGACGGCCUGUUAUCUCUUCCGAGUCUCUAGUCUGAUCAGACUCAUGCAGAGUGAAUCCCAGCUGAUGACAACUAUCAUACCUGAUGAGCACCAGAAGAAAACCUUUGAUAGAAUCAUUGAGAAACCUUUGGAUACCAUUCUACAUGAUGGAGAGCAAAUCAUUAGUGCAGCUAAGAGAGCGAUAGCCAAACAUGAAUACUCGGCCAUCUUGGGUAUAUUCCCUGUCCUGAAGCACCUUCUUUCUGUCAAACCAGACUUUGAUGAAGCUUUACAGGGCACAGCACCCAGCACACGCAACAAGCUUCCCAGUCUUAUCACAAGUCUGGAGUCAACGGGUUCUAAGGCUCUAGAAGAGUUCUUCGAUAUCAUCAAGAAUGACCCUGACAAGUCAAACAUGCCGAAGGAUGGAACGGUUCAUGGAUUAACCAGCAAUGCACUAAUCUUCCUGGAUAAUCUAUUAGAUUUUGUAGAAACUGCAGCUGCUAUGCUUGCCACACAGAAAGACCCCACCCUUCAAAUGCGUAGUGCAGAUCCUAAAGCCAAGCAAAGAAGAGUUGCUACAUAUGUUGGCAAAGUUCUCGGGGCUCUUAGUUUGAACCUAGACCAGAAGGCCAAGACCUAUUCAGACCAGUAUCUUGGAGCUCUCUUCCUUCUCAAUAACUACCAUUACAUUCUGAAAUCACUCCAAAGGAGUGGAUUACUCAAGUUGGUUGUUUUAAGUAAUCCUGAUAUCGAGACUCACUAUGAAGACAUCAUCAAGGAACAGAAGAGGGAAUACUCCAGGAGUUGGAACAAGGUCCUAGCCUACAUCUUAGAAGUGAACAAACCAGUGGGUACCCAGCGGCUAGCCCAGGAUGCAGCCAAACUCAAGGACAAGGAAAGACAACAGAUCAAGGAUAAAUUCAAGGGAUUCAAUACUGAGCUUGAGGACCUCCAUCGGACCCAGCGGGCCUACGCCAUCCCAGACAUCAUCCUCAGAGACGCAGUGAGGAGGGAUAACAGGGACUUCAUUGUACCCCAGUACUCUCAGUUUAGAGACAAGUAUUUCAACGCAAACUUCACCAAGAAUCCAGAGAAAUACAUCAAGUACACCCCAGACAAUGUCAAAGAUCUUCUGGAUAAAUUCUUUGACCUAUAAAUAAAACUUUUAUGUAGUAGUUACAUUUUCCAGUUGGUUACAAGUGAAAAUGAACUGUAGCAUGGGAUCCAAAUAUUGUCAACCUUGGAAUUCUGGCAUUACUACAGGGUACAAAUGCAUAAUACGAGUGUGACAAUUACAACACUGCUCAAUGAUGUUGUACUUUAAAGGUUCAAUAGCAUGAAGGAUCAUUUGUGUACAACUAGAAUGUAUCAAUUCAACCUUUAGAAAACUUUUAUAAUUAAGGGAUACAAAGAGAAUAAAAGAUGACAUAAAAUCUAACCCACAGAAGUUAGAUGAUUAUAU